CAUACUUUAAUUUUUAGCGCAUUCAGCGGCCCAAAACAAAACAAAUUUGAUUAGUUAAAUAAUUUGAUCGCAAUUAAUUAAUCUAUUAAGUCAUAGUUAUGGAGAACGCGCUCAAACGCCGAUCUCUGACGCUCAGCACGCGUCUCCUGCAGAAGCGCCACAGUGCUUCACCGCAGAGCGUGCGCCCAGGACACAAUGUAAGUGUAUCCCUGGACACACCCGGCUCGCCCAACUCCUCUACGGUAGUGGGAAUAACGUCCGAUUUGGAGAGCACUCCCCCACACAAACACAAGCCCAGCUUGGACGACAGUGUGGACUUCUCGCCUCGCCUGGACAUGAGCCUCUCGCCCAACUGCCUCUUCUCACAGACGCUGGCCACCGAGAGUCCGGAGGUGGGCUGGCGCUGGAACCGGAGCAGCAAUGCCACCACGGACAGUGGCUUCGACUCCGCGGAAAUAGGCAGUUUGAGCCAGCGGGAACGACGCCGACAGAUAGCCUUUAAGGGCGUCGAGGAUAGACGCAGCCAACUGGACAAUGAGCAGUGGCGGGCACAGCAGAUGCGGGCCAAUGUUCUCCUUAAGGAGCGCUGUGCUAGGCUCAACAGCCAGUUGGAACAGAUAGCUGUGUCCGAAUCAGUAAUGCCACACAAAACUCCCACAGUUCCGCCACCUGUUGCUGCCCGCACAAGAUCAGCCUCUAAGAAGGCUAUUCCACAGCCAGUGCUUCCUCCCACAGCUGCAUCCGAUCCAAUGGCAGACUUCCUCAACGAUUCGGAAACGGAUCUCUUUCUGCUCGAGGCCUCCCAGCAACUGGAGUCCAAAAUGGAAGAUCAAGAACCUCCGAAACCAAGCACAAGCACCACACCCACUAGGCACCACACGUCGAAGCGACCCUCCUUCUACAUGAAAUUUCUGGAAGACGAAAGCGAGGGCGAGGACUGGCUAAACGCUCUAGAAGAGGCAGUGCAGCAGGCCACAAUGCCAAAGAAGCCACGUACCUCGCUGCAGCGGUACAAAUCAAUGCCAACCACAGGGGAUUCGUCCAGCGGAGUGUCCACCCUGACCAAUGUGACGGCCAAUUCAAAUGCCUGCACAAGUUCCUCCUCCGCAUCUGGAUCAGAGCUAAGGGACACUCCGCGCAUCAAACGGCAUGCCAGUUCGCACGCCCUGUCCCCAGCCACAUCGCAUGCGCGCGGCAAACUCUUUGGCAGCCGGAAAUGAAACCCGAUAAGGUAACCAGCCCCUGAACACAAUCAGCUUCCCCUCAGCGAGUACCAAUUGUGAUGAGCAAAGUUAGAUUUAAGAUUUUUCGUUUUGUUUCGCUUGACUGGCGUGCCCCUUUCUUGAGCAUUCUGUAUACGAGUACGCUAAUUGAUUAAUGCAGCUCUAAAGCGUCUUUGAAAAUGUUAAUUUAAGGCUAAUUAAAAAUUAAUUGUAAUUUAAA